AUGCAUCGGAUAGCUUGUUGGAGGUCUUUGUUGCUAGGAUGUGCUGUGUUGGUGACGUUGUACAGUGUUAAAUCUAACAUCAAUUUUACAGUUGGAAAAACAUCAUGGACAUUACACAGGAGGGAAGUCUCUUCCAGACAGACCCAAUACAUCCAGACAGGUAAACCUGUCAAUCAUAUAGCAUUUAUAAAAGUGCCUAAGGCAGCCAGUACAACGGUUCAGAAUAUAUUUCUACGUUACGGGGAUGAAAAGAAUCUCACUUUUGCUCUACCGAGAAAGCCAAGCGGGGGUGGUGAAUUCUUGACAUCUCGCUACUUCUACCCCCCACCGAACGGAAGGAUGUUUGAUAUAGCUUGUACACACAUUAGGUAUAAUAGACAGCAAUUUAGUAGUGUUCUACCUAAUGAUACUAGAUACAUUGGAAUCGUGAGGGAGCCGUUCAGCCACUUUAGAUCCUUUGUUAGAUUUCUUCGCCCAGAGUCUGUGCUAGGUAUACCAGGAAAAUAUCCAGUUCUACAAUUUUUGUCUCGCAAUGAAGCUUACAGAAACAGCACGGGCAUCCGUAAUUCAAAAUGCAAUACAAUGGCUUCUUAUUAUCUUUUUCCAAGUGAUCUAUUUUUAGUAAAGAAUCAUCAUCUGAUAGAGAAUUAUUUAUUACAACUAGAUAAGGAAUUUGAUAUUAUACUGGUGAUGGAGUUCCUUGACGAAUCCAUUGUGUUAAUGCGUCGGAUCUUAAACUGGGAUCUCAGACAUGUUUUGUACGCUAAACUUCGCGUUAAUAAGCUGGACGAUUCGCGAUUGGUGUUUGGACCAAAAGUGGAACAAUUAUAUAAGCGUUGUGGAUAUCUAGACUAUUAUUUGUACGACUUCUUCCUGAACAGGUUGAAAGAAAAAAUAAAACGCCAGCUGCCUGAUUUCGAUGACGAAGUGGCUUACUUCAGGAAAACUAGAGCAAAAUAUGAUGACUUUUGCUUGUCUUCAUUGUCUGAAGAUCUUAACGACGCCGUAAUGACAUUUGAAGGUAGUCCAUGGAACGCGCCAUUCGUCAUCACAAGUGAGGACUGUAAAAAACUUUAUAUUCAUGACGUCGUGUUUCUACAAAUAUUAAAGAAGAAACAAAAUGCUACGUCUAUUGAAUGA